CCGUACUUUCUGUCUGUGCCGCCGCAUUCGGCUGACAGGACAGACUCCCUCAAAUAACGUUUUGACUAAUAUGCAUGCACUUGCCUAAUUGUUCUGUGUUUUACAAUUAUGUCGCAACAGCAAGGUCUGGAAAUCACUCUAGAGUUUGGCGGAGGAGCAGAGUUAUUAUUUGGUAAUUUGAAGAAGCACCAAGUCACUCUUCCUGCCUGUGAAGGAAAAUGGACGAUACGAAGUCUUCUCACUUGGAUGAAAGAUAAUCUUUUAAAAGAGAGACCUGAAUUAUUUAUUCAAGGAGAAACUGUGAGACCGGGAAUAUUGGUGCUAGUAAAUGAUGCUGACUGGGAGCUAUUAGGUCAGCUCGAUUAUGAAAUUGAAGCAAAGGAUAAUAUCUUAUUUAUUUCUACUUUGCAUGGAGGAUAAGGGAAGAUAAGAUGAGUUGAGUAUUAUUUUCCUUUAUUAAUUGAUCUUCUGCACACCCCCUAAUCCUUCAAAUGCAUCAUGAAUGCAAAUCCAGCAUAGCUAACAUGUAUUGCCAAACUUUGUCACCUCACUAUGGUUUAUUUAUACCUUUUUACCAAUAAAGAAAAGCAGUCUUUCAA